UCUCCUUGUUUUGGGGGAGGUGCGCGAUCUGAAGCAGAAGUGAAUCUCUAAAAUAAGAAAAAAUGGGCGACGAAACGAAGAGCCUAAUACGCUCUUGCCUGAUCUCCACCAAAGGUGGUCUAACUCUCCGAGAGCUGAAAAGGGACUUCCAGACGCUGGUGGGCUACCCGAUCCCGUUCCGAGACUCGGGCCACCGCAGUCUGGAGGACUACCUGCGCUCGAUUCCGGACGUGGUGCGGCUGGAUGACUCGGGCCCAGAGCCGGUAGUGCAGUUUGUCGUCGACGCCAGCACUGCCGGCAUCGCCUCGCUCGUGCAGCGCCAAAAGGGCAGCAAGAAGAAGGCCCCGCCGCGCCGACCCACCGGCUAUGUGCCGCGGCCCAGCUACGGCCCCCGGCGGCCCGGCGGCUUCUCUGCGCCGCGGUUCAACUUCCAGCCUCGGCGCGCGAUCAAUGUGCGCCCCAACAGCGGGCACGGCCUGCUGCCGACGCCGCCGCGGCCGCGCUGGUCGCAGCCGGCCGCGGUACGCCCGCAGGCCGCCUACAGACCGCCGCCGCCUCCCCAGCAGCAGCAGCCGCAAUACCAGCAGCAGCAGCAGCAGCAGCAGCAGGCGGCGCGGCCGCCGGUCGCCCAGCCGGCCAGGUCGCCGCCCCAGCAGUCUCAGCCGCAGUACAGGCCGGCGCCCGACACUCAGUCGCGGUGGAGUGCACCGGCCGCCGCACCGGCCCCGGCUCCGGCGCCGGCCAGGGCUCCCGCGCCGGCCCCGGUCUCGGUCAAGGCUCCCACGCCGACCCCGGCUCCGGCACGGCAGCCGGCGCCAGCGCCAGCGCCAGUUGAAAAACAAACGAGGGCCGCCCUCACUCCCAAACAGGAGCUUCAGGCCUUCAUCCGGCAGCACGGCCUGCCGGAGGCCAAGCUGGAGACGGUGUCGUUCCGGCCCAAAUCCAAGUCGGCCGGCCGGGUGCCCAGCUUUUACUCGACUAUUACGGUGGGCGAGGUGCGCUGUCAGACCUACCCGGACGAGAGUCCGUCGGCCGAGCUGGCCGAGGACGCCGCCUGUAAGAUGGCGCUGGAGGAGCUGCGGCAGCGGCGCCAGCAGGACAACAGCCAGCGCGAGUCGCCCGUCACCGACGACCAGCAGCUGAUCGUCACCAGGAUCGCACAGAUGCUGGAGACGCGUCGGUACGGCCUAUGGCGGGACAGCGUUCCGGACGAGUACCGUCGACAGUUCGAGGAGCGCGUCCCCGAUAACUGGGAGGAGCUGCUCUACGACUCGGGCACCGUGCGCUUCGACUGCGUCGGCGCCGACCGCUACAUUCUCUACUCGGCUGUACACGUGGUGGGGCCGGCCGGCGAGCCCGGUUCGCCCGCCCCUACCGCCGCGCCGGCCGGCUGUCUCACCCGUCUGGACACUGUGCAGCUGCCUGACGAGGAGAUGUUCCCCGUCUGGGUCACCUGUGUGCUGAGUGGAUCGCAGCUGGCUUUCCGUCUCAUCGGCGAACAAUACACGGACCGGCUCGAUGACCUGAUGACGGAAAUGGAGGUCAGCCUGGUGGAGGAGCAGCGACCCGUCACACCCGUCAUCGGAGGCAUCUACCUGGCGCAGGUGGACGGCACCCCUCACCGUGUCCAGGUCACCGACAUCCUGGACGAUAUGGUGUCUGCGUUUUUCGUCGACAUCGGUCUGACGGAGCUGGUGGCGGCUCGCAGUCUGCGCCCCCUGGACGCCGCACGGUUCGGCCAGCUGCCGGGCCAGGCACUGCACGCCUCGCUCAGUGGUGUGGACGGAGAGCGGCCCGGCGCCACCGAGGCGCUCAGCCGACUGGUGCUCAGGAAGAGCCUCAUCUGUCAGGUGGUGGUCGCCGAGGACAGCCGUCUGGAGGUGGUGCUGUUCGACACCUCCGGCGAGGACGACGUCAACAUUAACCAGACGCUGCAGGCCAUGUCGGAGGUGGAGGCGCCGCCGCAGCUGCCGCCCGUGGGCGGUAUCGUGGACGCGUUCGUCGUUCACGUCUCGCCGCAGGACGGCCGGCUGUUCGUCCAGCUCGACUCGUCAGCCGCUGACGAGGUGUGUCAGCGCGUGCUGACGGCCGGUGAGCUGGCGGCCGCCGAGCCGGCGCCGGCGCCCUCUGCCGUCACCCCCGGCCGGCUGGUGCUGGCCCGAUACACGGACGGCAGCUGGUACCGCGCCCGACCGCUGGCCACAGCCCACGGCGCCGUGCCCGUGCUGUUUGUCGACUACGGCAACGAGGAGACUGUACCGGUGUCGGAGCUGCGCGCGCUGCCGCCGGCGCUGGCCCGACACCCGCCGCAGGCGCUGCCGGUCCGGCUCAGCGGCGUGCAGUUUAACGACGCGGCCGCACUGCGACUCACUGAAAUGGUACCUGACGGCGGCACCCGUGUGGUGCUCCGCGUCACCGCCCAGCCCGACUCGGGCUGUCCAGAGGUGGACGCGUACAAACGGAUAGAUAACAACGAGCUCGUCUCCAUCAACGCCACGCUGCAGGUGGAGGCGCACAUGUCAGGGCGCCCCACCACCAGCCGCCAGUCGUCCGUAUCGAGUCGGCCCGACUCGUGCCAGCCGCCGCCGGCCUCCGUGCCCGCCACCCCGGCUCUGGCGCGCGGCUCUCCCAGCCCCACUGAGCAGCUCCAGCGUCUGAGGUUAGCCGACCCGUCGCCGCCCACCGCCGGCGACUCUCAGCCCAUCGGCCAGUACCAGGUGCCCCGCGACGGAGACGGAUAUCUGGACGUCACAGUGUCCUGCUGCUCUAGCCCCUGGAACAUUUAUGUCCAACCAUACAUGGAGGGUGUGAAACUCAGCAACCUGAUGUCGACGAUGCAGAAACACUACGGCGACCCGGCCAACGUUCGACCGCUGGACACGGGUGAUAUCGUCAGCGGACAGUUCUGCGCGGUGAAAAACCCAGAGGACGGCGUCUGGUACCGGGCGCGAGUGGAGACCCGGCUGGACAGCGGGGAGGUCACCAUCAAGUUCAUCGACUACGGCGACUUCAGCUACGUGCCUCUGUCGCCGAGCUGCGUGCAGCCGCUGCCCCACCCGUUCCGGCAGCUGCCUGGCCAGGCGGUGAAGGCGCGCCUGGGCGGUGUGCGGCCGGCUGGCUCCGACUGGACGAUCGACGACUGCAUCGCGCUGCAGCGGCUGCUCUCGGCCGAGGGAGGAGGCGGCGCGUUCGUAGCCGAGCUGCUCGACUUCAGCCGGGACGCCAUCACGCGUGAGCAGCUCAUCAUCGUGCGCCUGGUGGACACGUCGGGCGACUCGGAUGUGUACGUGGACCGGCUGCUGGUGCGGGCCGGGAACGCGGUGCACACGGGCGAAUACUAUACGGUGUGAUGGACCGAUGAACCCGCCGCCACCGUGCCGGGGAUUCCCCGUGUCACGUGAUAUCUCCAGCCGUCAGCAAUGUAUCCGGGUGUGUGGUAGCGAAAUGUCACGUGUUGUGGGCGAGUCCGCUGGACUGCGCCGGCGCGGCCCUGUGAUACUGCUAGCCGACUGCGCCGGCGCAGCACGCUACAAUACUCGGCGGAUGGGGGCCCGUGCGGCGCGGGCAGCGGCAGCUGAGCCAGUGCGACGACUACGGCUGGGCUGUUUUAUAGUCUCCCCAGCAUUAUAGAACGGUGGUGUGAAACGGCGCUAUGCAAUGUACACACAGUCAAGUGUCUUAUUCCGUGUCUGUGGGACAUCUCGGUAGCAAACCGGUUGGCCGUGACGUGCAAACGGUGAUCGAGGCUAGGUAUGUUGGAAGAGAGCACUCCGCCAGUUACGCAGUUCAGAAUUUAAUAUACGUUGGCAUAACG